AGGUGGCGGUAAUGCAACAUUUAUAGGAUGCCAACCGCUCUUAAACCUCAUCGAAGAAGAAGACAUACAUUGUAGGCACCGGAUGUUGAAGACUGCCAAGCUCCUUCAGCUGAGCAGUGGUAGCUAAAUAAUGCCAAUUUAACAGAAUUUCUUGCACAUGUUAUGUGACUGUAGUUAAAUUAUUUAACUGCUUCUUAUAUCAAUUCGUCCAUCUACUAUAGAGUUUCACCAACCGGCUGGUCAAGUUGUUUUGCCUGGCUUCAAAGCUACGGUCAAAGUUAUACAGUGUUAGCAACUAGCUAACGUUAGCCACAUUGGAACAGCUGAUACAUUUGGUGUUGCAGAGAAUACCGUUUUCUUUUUAAAUAUCAAAAACAGGGACUUUUGUAUGAGGUGUGAAACUGUUAGAUGGCUGCCCGACAACCCUUCACAGAUUUAGACACUGCCGACGAAGCAGUGAGGUCGACUUGUGACGAUGCAACGACAUGCAAAAGAUAUGCAACCAGUAAAGGCUACUGGACGGACCCCUAUGUCCAGUAUUUUGUGAGGUCAGUAGGGGAACGAAAAGCUCCAGAAAUUAACCGAGGUUACUAUGCCCGCGUGCAGGGAAUGAACCACCUCCUGGAUGCCUUCCUCAGGAAAACAAAGUGUGACUGUCAGAUAGUGAACCUGGGGGCAGGGCUGGACACCACUUUCUGGAGGCUAAAGGAUGAAAACCUCAUGCCUAGAAAAUACUUUGAAGUUGACUUUCCAAUGAUUGCUGCCAGGAAAAUACACAACAUAAAGACAAAACCACCACUGUCAAAACCUCUCAUUGAGACCCACUCCACAGACUCACUAUUACUAGAUGGCCACAGCCUAGACUCAGACAGGUACUGCAUCAUCGGUGCUGACCUCAGGGACAUCCCAGGCCUAGAUGACAAACUGAAGAAGUUCCACCUCAACCCAGAGUUGCCUACGUUGUUCCUGUCAGAGUGUGUGCUGGUCUACAUGACUCCAGAUCAGUCAUCCAAGCUGGUGAACUGGGCCUCAGUCACCUUCCACACAGCCAUGUUUGUCAACUAUGAGCAGGUGAACAUGCUGGAUCGUUUUGGCCAGGUGAUGAUUGAGAAUCUUCAGCGUCGUCAGUGUAAUCUGGCUGGAGUGGAGGUGUGUCAGUCACUGGAAACGCAGAAAGAGCGCUUCCUAAAGACGGGCUGGGAGAAUGCAGAUGCUCUGGACAUGAUGACUGUGUACAGUGUUAUACCUCAGGACGACGUGGCAAGAAUAGAGCGUCUGGAAUUUCUGGAUGAGAAGGAACUUCUGCAGCAGCUCCUCCAACAUUAUAGUAUCUGCUGGGCCACCAAGGACAAGCUCAAGCUAGGACUCUCACAAGUUGCUUUCUGAACCUGGACUGUGGACCGACUGUCUUAAGCCUGUUUCUCUGUGAUCAACACCACCAUGUAAGGAAGAAGGAACCCGUUAACAUCAGACUCCAGUCCUGUCUGUCUUUGCUUCAAAUAAAGUCUGGGAAACUUCUGGCAUCAGCAGAAUUCUACUUAAUGUGUUUCCUUUGCAUCCCAUAAGUGCACCCACUGCCUCCCAGCAUGUUUUUGGGAAAGAAAAGAGAAGUUUGUGCUGGAAGUGUGAUAUGAAUGACAAGACAUUGGAAAGGACCGUAUCCCUAGACUUCAUUUCAUUGUUUGUAAUGUACCUUCAGACAACAUUGAGAAGGUUUUCUGGAUGUUGGAGAAAGUACAAGCCAGGUACCGGUCAAGUUUUUAAUGUGCCAUUGUGUUGUGAACUAAAAAGUCUAUGUAUUAUUAAGACUCUAAAAAUGUAUUGCCAAGACCGAUAGUGUCUUACGAAUAGAAAUGUAAAGUUAAUACAUUGAAUGCACUUAAAGAUUUCUUUGAUUCAAUUAGGAAAUUGCUGGAUUUAAGGUAGCAAUAGAUACAUUUGCAUGUAACAAGGAUUCUAGUCAAAGAAAUAGGAGUGGCAUUUUCAAUCAGAGCAAACACAUUUCAAGAUCUUGCAGGUGAUACAACAGUACCAAUGACACGACAAUGCAGGUCUAGAGGUUGAAUAAAGCUGUUAAUAUUUGUGUUUGAAAACCUGACCUCCAUUUCAUUACCUAUGGUCAACAGACUACAUUAGAUGCCAUGAAAGUCGAUGUCAUUUCCACAUGGAAGACACAUUGAAUAGUUUGUUACCCUCUGAGACCCUUAUGUCCUUCUGGUCAGAUCCUAUGUUUUACAGAGAAACAUUAACCCAAUAUGACCUUGUGUACAGUGUUGUAUGGAUACAGAUAGCAGCACUAGAGCACUGAAGACAGUGAUGUUAGAGAGAUGUUUAUAACACAUAUACAGUGUCUAGUUAGUCUACACACCCCUUGCACAGUCUUCACAUUUUGCUGCCUUAAAACUUAACCCCAAAAAUGGAUUCAAUUACUUUUUUCCCUACCAAUGUACUCAACCUACAAAUUAUAGAACAUUUUCCAAAUUACUUGUAAAUAAAUAAAAAUUAGUGUGACAUACAGUGGGGUUUGAACAUUUUUACACCCUUCAUAGAGAUGAGCAAUAAUCGCUGCAUAAAAUAUUUCAAAUAUUGAGCUUUAUUGAAUGCUCAUAAUAUUGGGAAAUUGUUUUAUACUAAUAUAAUUGCUCAGAGAAAGAGAUUUUGUUUGACAAGUUAUAUAUUUUUUCCUCAAAGGUAGAGGGUCAAAAUGAUUGACACCCCUAAAGAGUCUUAUAAAGUAGUUAUAGUUCAGUAUUUGGUCCCAUAUUCCUAUCACACAACAACUACAAGCUUGUGACUACAAACUUGGAUGCAUUUGCAGUUAUGGUUUUUCAUCUUAUUUUGUGCCCAAUAUAAAUAAAUGUUAAGUCAUUUGUGUCACUUUUUUAUAAAUAAGAAUAGGAUAUGUUUCUAAACACAAUGUGGAUGCUACCAUGAU